AUGAAGUAUGAUGUUAUAGUGAUAGGUGCAGGGGUAGUGGGGCCAUGUAUAUCCACAGCACUUUCAAGACAAGGUAAAAAAGUAUUGGUUGUGGAGAGAGAUUGGUCAAAACCUGAUAGAAUUGUUGGAGAAUUAUUACAACCAGGAGGUGUAAAAGCUUUAAAAGAGUUAGGAAUGAUACAAUGUAUAAAUAAUAUAGAUGCUGUUGAUGUCACAGGAUACUAUAUACAAUAUUUCAAUCAUCAUAUAAGUAUAGAUUAUCCAUUAAAAGAAAUUACUGAAGUUACAAAUCCAUUAAAUAUAUUAGAUGAAAAAGAAACACAAUUAAAACUGGACAAUACAAUCAACAAAGAAGUCUGGGAUAAUGAUAAAAGAGUCAGAGGAGUAGCGUUUCACCAUGGAGAUUUUCUUCAAAAUUUAAGAAGUGUUUGUAAAAAAGAAAAUGAUACAUUAGAAGCUACAGUGACAAAACUAAUAUAUGAAGAUGAUACAGUUGUUGGAGUUGAAAUUAAAGAAAAAAAUGGUAAAACCAGAAAAAUUUACUCCAAGCUAGUAAUUUCAUGUGAUGGAAUAUAUUCAAAAUUUAGAAAACAAUAUUCAAAUAAUAUACCAACUAUAGGAUCCUACUUUAUAGGAUUAUAUUUAAAAAAUGCAAAAUUACCAGAAAAUAAUAAAGGUCAUGUAUUAUUAGGAAACCAUGCGCCAGUAUUAAUAUACCAAGUAUCACCAACAGAAACAAGAGUAUUAUGUGCAUAUAGAUCAACAAAACCACCUUCAUCAGCAAAUGAUGAAGUUUAUAAAUACCUAAAAAAUGAAGUCCUCCCCAAUAUACCAAAGGAAACAUUACCAGCAUUUCAAUCUGCAUUAGAACUUAAAAAAUUUAGAAUAAUGCCAAAUCAAUAUUUAUCAGCUAAAAAGCAAAAUCAAAAGGGGUUUUUAUUACUUGGUGAUUCAUUAAAUAUGAGACAUCCAUUAACUGGUGGUGGUAUGACUGUUGGAAUAUCAGAUUGUGUUUUAUUAGCAAGACUUUUUAAAUCUAUAGAUGAUUUUGAAGAUUACGAUCAAGUUAAAGAAAAAGUUACUAUAUUUCAUAGGAAAAGAAAAAAUUUGGAUGCAGUUAUAAACACAUUAUCAAUAGCAUUAUAUUCCUUAUUUGCAGCAGAUAAAAAAGCAUUAAAAAUAUUACAAUAUGGAUGUUUUAGAUAUUUUCAAAGAGGUGGAGAAUGUGUUUCAGGUCCAAUUGGAUUAUUAAGUGGUAUGUUACCAUUUCCAAUGUUAUUAUUUAAUCAUUUUUUCAGUGUUGCUUUUUAUUCAAUUUAUUUAAAUUUUAUUAAUAGAGGUAUAAAUUUUCCCUUAGCUAUAUGGGAAUGUUUUGAAGUUCUAUUUACUGCUAUAAUUAUUUUUACACCUUAUUUAUGGACUGAAUUGGUACAAUAA